UAUCUAAUUCUCCUAAACAAAAACAAGGAGAUAAAUUUAAAGAAGAAAGAUUGAAAAGCAUUACAGCCUUUGGCAGUGAAAAUUACAAUUUUGUAUAAAUAAAAUUUUUAUAUUUCAGUACCAUGAAAACAAAGAAAAGGAUGAGAAAAAAUGUAGGGCGGCACCUAUAAAUCGAAAAGAGAAGGAAAGGAAUUAACUAAGAAGUCAAUUUUCUUGGAUCUCUACUUUUUUUUUUUUUUUUUUUUUUUUCUAUUAAAAAAUAAAAAGUCAAACCCUAACCGCGUCUAAUGUACAACUCCGGAUAACUGUCUCUUUUUUAUAUCCUCUCUCCUUUCCUUUAUAAGAAAAACUUGGGCGUGACUCAUAGGAUUUUGGGUUCUAGAUUCCUCUUGUUGCCAGCCUAUUAAUUUUCUAACUACUCACAAGUUUACAUCAAUAUCAACGACCGCAUAUAUAUAUAUACACACACACCCAUAUAACUAGCUAUAGGACUACAUCGAUCAAAGUUCAUUUUUAUCUUCUCUAUUGUUUUUGCUUAAUUUUCACUGUUUGGGGCUCAUGGAAGAUAAGGAAGAACAAGUGCUCACUUCAUUACAAGAUUUGUAUAUACAAGAAGAAGAAGAUGAACAAGAAGCAAAGGAGCCGACUCCGAUUAUAGAAACAGAGUCAAUUCCGAAUCUGGCGGGAGUUGAGGAGAUAAUAGGGUACAGUUUCAAUGACAAAACUUUGUUACAACAAGCUUUCACGCAUCAUUCAUAUGACCACCAAGAAAGUUGUUCAUCCUAUGAACGACUCGAGUUUGUCGGCGACGCCAUGCUGAAUCUCCUUAUCGCGAGAGAGCACUAUUUCUUCUACCCUGAUCUGCCGCCGGGAAUGUUGACUCGCCUCCGUUCUGCUAAUGUCAAUACGGAGAAACUCGCACGCACGGCGGUCAACCAUCAAUUGCACUUUUAUUUACGGCACAGGAAACCCCUACUUGAUGGGCAAAUUCGCGAAUUCACGAAUGCAAUUUCGGAUUAUCCUCUGCAUUCCAGUGGGUUGAUUAAAGCACCAAAGGUCCUUGCUGAUAUAGUUGAAUCCGUAAUAGGGGCCGUUUUCGUUGACAGCAAUUCCUCUUUGGAUACUACAUGGAAGGUAGCCAAGAGUUUGUUGGAACCUUUGAUCACACCAGAUGAAUUGCAAUUACAUCCUGUUACAAAGCUGUACGAGCUAUGCCAAAAGAAUAGAUCUGAAUUGCAAUUUGUAGAUCUAUGGAAGGAGACGGGAGCUAUUGAAGUUUUCGUAGACAAUAAAUUUGUAGAAAAAGGCGUAUACAGGCCAAAGAGACUAAUUGCGAUAAAUCGAGCAGCAAACAAUGCUUAUAACGAAAUUGUGAAAAAUUGAAGGACUAUAGUCUGUAGUUUUUGUUGGAUUGAGUUGAUUAGUAUUGUUAUAUUCUCACUGUAUAUGGCUUGGGUUGAGUCAGGUUAAUUUUCAAGCUUUUGGUUGUGGCUUUUCCUCUAACUAUGGCUUGCAUUAAACUGGGGAUCUAUAUAAUAUAUAUAUGUACUUUUUGAACUUAAAUGUUUUCAUACUUCUUGUGAUUUGCAUUGGA